AUGAAGACAUAUUCCGGACUAUUUUGCGUGGUGGUAAACCCGUAUCGACGGCUGUUGAUCUAUACAGAGAAAAUCAUUGAACUGUACAAAGGAAAAAAGCGUCAUGAAGUGCCUCCUCACGUUUUCGCUGUCACCGAGACCGCUUACCGCAACAUGCUUCAAGAGAGAGAGGAUCAGUCGAUCUUAUGCACAGGCGAGUCAGGUGCCGGCAAAACGGAAAACACUAAAAAGGUUAUUCAGUACUUGGCAUACGUCGCCGGUCCUUGCCGCAGUACCAAGACGACGCAAGCGCACACGCCGACCACUCCGAUGCGGGUAAGCAGUUCGUCAACUGAUCGAAGUCGAUUUUUGUGUUCGAUUAGAGCUUUUGAGGGCCUGAUUUUGCUGUUCGUUUCUCACUUCUAAUA